GGAAAGGCGAUCUCAGCAGCUUGCAGAGUGUUUACUUAGACAGUCUCAACUGGAGCGCCGUCUGCUGGUCCAACUGGAACAAGUCAAGCAGGAAAAGUUGAUCAUGAUAGCGAAUCGAAUGGAGCGCCAAAAGGAAUACGAAGCCAGGCGUGAAGCUGAAUUUCAGGCUGCAAUGGACCUUGAAAGGGAGAGGGGGUUACAGAAAAAACGAGAAGAAGCCGGAAUUUUAGCCGUGCUUCGUGAAAUAUGGGCAAACCACAAAAUAAGAAAAAGGGAAGCAGCGUACAAGCGUCACUAUGAUUUUGUAGAGCGAGACGUUGUGUUACUGUUGAUCGGAUUUGCAAUAAAAUUGGCUGAAUUUCGAAUGUAUACGAGAAG